AUGCUUUUGGAAAGCCUUAGUGGAAGCCUGGGUGUAGCAAUGGCAAAGGCCAACCAGAUCAAAGCUAAUAAGCAUGCCAACCAAAGCCUGCCUUCGUCUUUCCAGUCCCUACCACCAGAUACCACCGCUGUUUGGGUUUGCUUUCAGUACCUGACCUGUGCGGCUGUGCUUCUGUCACUGAAUUUUUCUUUGGACAUAUUUGCCCCUGAAUUGGGUUUGCUAGGGUUUCGAAACUAUGCCGGGAAAGGGCUUUGUAAGCCACGGAUAUCUGCUCUACCGCGAGUGAUGAAGCUUUCUGUGGACAAAAUGAUUCUUACAAAGCAGUAUCGUUGCAUACACUCAACAAGCUGUCAAUGUACAAAAGGGCAUCUAAGUGAAGAUGCAAUAUUCCUAGUAUUCCAGCAGUUGAAUUGGAAUCCUAAGUUAAUUGCUACACUUUCUUGUGUCUGCAAAUGGUUUGAUGAUCUCGCCAAGCGUGUACUGUGGAAGGAAUUUUGCCGAACAAGAGCACCAAAGAUGAUGAUUGAUCUUCAAUCUAGUGGGAGUCACAGUGUAGAUGGAACUGGAGGGCGCUCGGGAAACUGCUUAUUUACUGUACAGGAUCUAAGAAGGGUGGCCUCUUUAAUACCAUUCAAAUCCCUGGUCACUUUGUUUAUAGGACCAGGUUCUCUAGGACAUCUGGGAAGAGCUUUCUCUUGCCACAAUGCAGAACAGAUGUUUUGUAUGUGUCUGAUCCCUGUGAACAUCUUGACCAAGGUGAAGAGGGGGAUGUUGGUUUUUUUCCGCGGAGUCUUCAAGUCAUUCUCAAUGUCAAAGGUUCGGAAGAUGUUGAUUAAGAAGGAGGCCCAACUUCAUCCAACAGAGGUGUGCCCUUACUGUAAAGCUAAGUUAUGGAGCAUGUUGCAAGCCAAAAUGAUACCGCAGAGUGCCAGCUGCAGAUUGGGAGCUUAUGAGGAUUGCAUUGAGUAUUUUGUUUGCCUUAAUGGACAUAUGCUUGGGAUCUGUACCCUGCUACCUCUAUCUGAUUCAGAAGAGGCAUCAGAGUUGGAGUGA